AUGGCCCCUCGUAAGCGAAAAGUGGCGGUGCCGGUCGCGGGGCCGUCGCCCGAAAAGGUAAAGUACAGCACCGCCGUCAUACAGACCGUGCUGAAUGCGCAGCAAAAUCAAACGGCGCACGCGAAACUGAUCAAGCAGCUCAAGGGUCUGUACGCAACGGUUCAGCACGAUUCGUUCAUGAAAUCGUUCCUGCAAGUGGUCAAGCGCCAGAUGGAGCACGAAGAGGCGAACGAGUACGCGAACAAUGUGCUAAAGUUUUGCGCCAAGUUCGUGGCGGACCCCGAGUACAGCGAGCAGGCCGAAACGCACCCGGUUAUGGCGAGCUUCUUCAACUGGCUGUUGAGCACCUCGAGCUCGGGCCAGUUGGUUCGCUUCCGGAUAUGCCAACUGGUGAACCUGACGCUGAACGCCCUCGGCUCGGAUGCCACGCUGGACGAUACGAUCUGUGACAAAAUUCUGCGCAUCAUGCUGGAGCGGAUGCGCGACACGUCGCAGCAUGUGCGCGUACAGGCCGUGUUGGCGCUGCAACGGUUGCAGGACCCCACCACACCCGAAGACGGUGUGUCCCGGGCGUACAUCUACCAUCUCGACAAGGACCCGGCGGCAAAGGUGCGCCAAACGAUCAUCACUUCGCUCGGGCGCAACUACCGAUCGCUGCCGCACAUCAUCGAGCGCCUGUGGGACGUCGAAGAGCGGGUUCGGCGCCACACGUACAUGCAGAUGAGCAGCUUCGCGGUGCGCCAGUACAAGGUGUCCCAGCGCCUCAAGUUUCUCGAGCAGGGCCUCGAGGAUCACUCCGAGAGCGUGCGGAAGGUGGUGCGCAACGUUAUGAUUCCGCAGUGGAUCGAAUCGUAUCAACGCGAUUACGUCGCGUUCAUCGAGGGCCUCAAGAUCGAUGCGGACGAUCAGGAGCUGGAGCGGUUUCGCAAAACCUCCAAAAUGGUUCUGUUUGAGGUGUUUAGCAAACACGGAGUGAAGGAAAUGGCGGACAUGCUCAAGUUCGACCCGGAACACAAGCACGUCCCACUGGGCGAUCUGACGAUGGAGCGUGUCAUUUGCUGGCACGCGAUGCUCGAUUACCUGCACCAGCACGACUCGGACGAGCUGGAGGACUAUAUGAUGGAACUGAGCAAGUAUUGCGAGUUCAUCAAGGAAUUUAUCGAAAACACGGGCGAAGCGGGCUUUAUGAAAUCAUCCGGCACGGUCAACCAGUCCACGGUGGCGAGCCCGACGGCGCGGAGUGCGAUGGACAAGCUGCAGCAGCUUUACUUCCAGCACAUCCUCCAUAUGCUGCUGGAAAUCGUGACCAUUUACGACUACGCGGACGAGUUCGGUCGCGACAGCCUGAAGCUGGUGCUGUCGGACGUGCUGUGCAACGAGACGCUGCACGAGAUGAACGUCCGGUUGAUCAUGCAAACGUUCGAGAAGCUGCUGCCGGACGGCGAGACACGGUUCAAGUUCUUCGUCGAUCUGGUCAACUCGGUGCUCGAGCCAUCGCGCGUGGACUUCUCGAACAGUUCACGGUCCCUCGUCGAUACGUACUUCGAGCGGAACCCGGAUCAAACCAGCCUCAAGUUAAAGAUAUCGGCUUUGCGGCUCGAAAUAAUGGACCUGAAGGAGCAGGAAACGAUGUUGGUCCAGCAGAAGGAUUACGCCGGGGCACAGCGCGUGUCCGAGCGGCUCAACGCCUGCAACGAGGAGUACGCCAAUCUGGUGAAACCCCUGGUGCAGGAAAUGUCACAGACGCUCUCGAGCAGCAACACCAGCGCCGGCAUCGACAGUGUGGUGUUCCGCGAGUCGAUGCUGAAGCCACGCCGCAUGACCCAGGAAACGAUCAACAAGUGUCUGCAGGUGUGCUUCUACCUGGUCAACAGCGCGUCCGUGCGCACGCUCACUCCGGUGGUGUGCGAUCUGUACAAAUCGUUCAUCAGCCGGCACGUGCAAUCGCCCGAGCUGCACACGCGCAACUGGGCCCUGCGCACGUCCACCGCCUUCAGCAUGCUGUACGAUGGGCUGAGCAAGGACACGUUCCAGCUGCUGUACCAACAGUUCCUCCACACCGCUUCGACGCGCCUCUGGAAAACCGCGAUCGAGUGUGUCUUUGAGCUGCUCGAUCGGUACGGGUUCGAGCAUUUCGAUCUCGAGGACGACUCGUCGAAGGAUGACUCACGGGCGAGCAAGAGCUCGCGCCAGCUGUUCAACCGACACAGCGGGGCCCAGCUGGACGAAUCGGGUUCAUCGUGCAACAGUAACGAGUUCUACAAAAUGUCCAUCCACUUCAUGGACACGUGCGACGAAAGUGCCAUCUGUAAGACGAUCAUCGAAGGCUUCUGCCGGCUGGUGCUACACUUCCGCUGUAACUCGCCGGACAUUGUCUCGAAGCUGCUGUUGCGCUACUUCAACCCUACGACGGAGCCGGAGACGCAACAGAUAUUGGGCAUCUUUUUCGAGGCCCUCGCCAACCGGAAGCGCCAGGAUCUGCUGCAGAAGGCACUGCUCGGCACCCUGUUCACGAUACUGGAAGCCCCCAACACGAGCCCGCUGGCCGAGGUACGGCCCGAGACGGUGGUCAAGUUCGUGAUCAACCUGACGCAGCCCGUGUUCUGCAAUCCGGGCGUCCAUCCACACAACACGAUCGCGGUUACGUUCUUGCGCGUAAUGCAGGACAACCUCGCCUUGAAGGAUCUGCUGAAGCUAAUGAGCGGUGCGGUGUUGGGGCUGGACAUCUCGGAAGAUCCGGCAUUGCGCACCGAUCUGGCGACGGCGGCCAACGAGAUCCUCCAGGAACCGGGGCUCGAUCCGAAGAUCGUCAAAAGUUUGACCACCUUCCGCGAGCGGAUGCGGGGCACGAUGGCGGAACCCCUUUCGUUUUCCUCGUCCCGCGUGCCAACCGUGAAUGGGUCGGCCAGUGACGAACAACCGCUCGCACCAGCCGAUGGUGGCGAAGAGGAGGAAGAACAGGAAGAUCGCCACGAACCCGACGAGCCGGACAAGGACCGGAGCGAGUCGCCGCCUCCCGCCAUUAAUAAAUCCAUUCUAGAGGAGGACUCCGACACCGAUCUGUUUUCCUCUCCGCUACGGCCGCAGCAACAGCGUCCAUCGGUGACCAACCCGGGAAGCACCGGUACACCCGAAGUGAGAUCACCUGCUGCUGCUGCCGGGAUUCCUAAUUCCCCCGUUUCCCCAGCCUCUUCACCAAGAAUCGCGGGAUCGGCAAUAAAACCGCUCCGUCGAUCGCUACACUUCGGUGGCACACCAUCAUCGACACCGGCAAGGACGGCGGAACUGGACCCCCAACCGCCGUCACGCAGUGCCGAUGGAACGUUUAAAGUUCCGCACGCUUCGGCGAUGCGUAAGAUCCGGGCGGCUUCAAAUCGUAGCAAGCCACCGGCGGCGACCGGUGGCGGAGCCGACCGGCCGGAAAGGAGCGACCCGAGUGUCCCGAGUUCGGAAGACGAGGUGUUAGUUCCUGCGACGCAGGAAGACAGCUCGGACGGUGAAGGGCAAGAUACGAGCCACGCGGAAAUCCCGGAAACGCAGCAAUCGAAGUGCAACACCCCGUUAGUGACCUCACCCGCAGCAAGCCACAAGGCUCCUUCGUCUCGCCGGCGGAGUUCGCGCCGAACCAGUUCAUCCACGUCCUCGUCCGAGGGUGAUGUUGUGAAUUCGUCACCCAACGCCACGCAAACAAGCCGCAUCAACCGAUCAGCCGCCAAGCCGAUGGUCGCGGCCAAAACGUUGUACGAAAAGCGACUACACGCGACUCCAAGCACGAUGCCAGCCCGGACGCGGCAGGCCAAUCGAAUGGAGACACUGCUCACUGGCAAAACUGUGGCACGGAAGUCACUAUCGGCGGCCCUGGCUACGGCGGCCGCAUCAUCGAAAUCUUCGGCACGAACGAAACGCACAACCGACAGUGGUCUCGAGAGAAACGCAACACGACAAAAUCAACAGCAGCGAGUCGAAGGCGACAAAAAGACCCUACCAAGCGGUGCCGAAACAAGGAAAAGUCGAACCACCCGGUCAACGGAAAGCUCGGUGCAGGAUACGGCAAACGUAUCCAAGUCUAGGUCCUCGGUUAGGGCGACAUUCGGCCCCGGCACAACUCCUCCCGUCGGUACGAAGGACGUUGCCGUCGCUUCGUCGUUGCCCGGCAAGCGGUCACUUCCGAAGCGCGCCUCCCGUUCCCGUCCGCUUGACAUCGAUGGCAUUGGUAGCAACGAUAGUACGACGUCCACUGGCAGUCCGGUGCGGCUCAAACGGGCCGCCGUGGUUCUAACGCCACUGAGUGCGACAAGCCUCCGUCGGGCCAUUUCCGGUAGCCCGGCCACAUCGCCAGUGCGGGCCAAUGUGCCCCGUAGACCGAACCGGAAAGCUACACGAAUGUAGCAACUUGGUCCUUUCCUUAGACCUCAGCCACUAAAACGGGCCCUCAAUUCGCGUGUGUGUCAAUUAGCAAUA